CCUAGUAGUGCCACACAAGCCGUGGUUUUCCUCUUCACAGUUUGUAGUGCACAGGUCAUGGGCUCCGUUCUUGAUGAAGUAAUCUAUAAGCGUGUUGAAUAUCAAGAAAAUUGCACCAGAAUUUCAGAGGCCACUUCCCACACCAGAACUGGAACAUACUGCAAUGGGACUUUUGACAAUUUUGUCUGUUGGCCUCAUUCUUCUCCUGGACUCGUAUCUGUGCCUUGCCCCCCAUAUUUACCGUGGAUCAAAGAAGGUGCUGCGAGAUAUGUAUACAGGGAGUGUACAAUCAAUGGCACGUGGCGCACUGAGGAAAAUUCCACGAAGGUGUGGAGGGAUCUGUCCGAGUGUGAGGACAAUAAGUUUUUCAACAAAGACGAGGAGGAGAUAUUUCGCCAGUGGGUGUUGAGGGUCAUCUCCAUUGUGGGAUAUUCGUUGUCUUUCUUCUCCCUUUCUCUCGCGGUCCUCAUUAUGGGCCUACUGAGGAAGCUUCACUGUACAAGGAAUUACAUCCACAUGAACCUCUUUGUGUCAUUUAUAUUUAGAGCCAUGGCAGUAAUUACAAAAGAAAUUAUACUCAAAGUCAUGUACUCUAAUCUACCCACUGAUGGAAAUGGAUGGAAUGACUACACCAACUCACGGAUGACUGUGAUCUGCAGAGCUUCAAAGGUGUCCAUGGAAUAUUUCGUGGGGUGUAGUUAUCUGUGGCUUUUAGUGGAGGCAAUCUUUCUCCAUACUCUCCUAUUUACCGCAGUGCUUACCAAGAGGAGUCUACUAAAACAAUACAUGCUUCUUGGAUGGGGAACUCCAUUGUUGUGGACGGUAACUUGGACAGUAGUUAAAGCUCUUUACGAAAAUAAAAGCUGUUGGUCCCAUAACAACACGUGGAUUUGGUGGAUUAUUCGAGCUCCAAUAACAUUAGCAGUGAUUAUUAUUUUCUGCAUAUUUCUCAAAAUCAUGAAACUUCUGCUGUCAAAGCUGAAAGCUGAUCAGGUGAAAUUUAAAGACUACAGAUACAGUUUAGCCAGAGCAACAGUAGUUUUGAUUCCAUUACUUGGAAUUCAUGAAGUGGUGUUCUCCAUGAUCAUAGAUGAGUCUGUUGAGGGAAGCAGCCGGUAUGUUCGCAACUUCAUCCACCUGACAAUGAGCUCUUUCCAGGGCUUUCUGAUUGCUGUGUUGUAUUGUUUUGCAAAUGGAGAGGUUCAAGCUGAGCUGAAGAAGCGAUGGCAAGUCUUUCUUUUUGCCAACCAUUUUGAGGUUCACAACUGCUUUGCAGACAUAAAUCCAAAAUAUUUAUGGAAAUGCCCAAAGAAGCAACCCAGACACCCCUCAGAACAGAGUGAGUCAUUCGAGGAGGGCAGCGCACCCAAACAAACGCAGCUGUUGCAAGUGGCCGUCCAAUCAGGGGGAGAAGUUAGACGUGGACGAGCCACAGGGCCGGAGUUUCACCCAAGGAAGAGUCUCUCCAGCAGUGAUGGAGAAAUGACGAUGGGAGAAACUAUGGAAGAGAUCUUAGAAGAGAGCGAGUUUUAACUUCUUCCACAUCUU